GAAACGGCAGAAACUUGAAGAAAAGAAUGCAGACACGAAAAAUUACUUAAACCACAACUUAACGUCACAUACUCCUCCCUCUUAAAACUCUCACCAGGAACAGACUCAUUAUUUCUCCUUUCUGUCGUUCUCUCUUCUGUCUUUACUAAAGAAAACAAAGAAUCAGUGAAGAACAAAGAGAAACACUUUAAGGAUUUUUGGAACGUUUGUUUAUGAACAGACAGCAGAUCUUUGUGAUUCAUUUUUAAAACCGUCGUUCAGAAAGUGAAAGUAAAGUUUCGACUGCUGGAGCUCAAACUGUAAAAAUGGAUUCACUAUCUGUAGAAGAGCUUUCUUGUCCUGUGUGCUGUGAAAUCUUCAAGAAUCCUGUUGUUUUAUCAUGUAGUCACAGUGUCUGUAAAGAGUGUCUUCAACAGUUUUGGAGAACCAAGAAAACUCAGGAGUGUCCUGUCUGCAGGAGAAGAUCCUCAAAAACUGAACCUCCUUCUAAUCUCGUGUUAAAAAGCUUGUGUGAGUCAUUCCUGGCGAGAUCAGGAUCUGAGGAGAUCUGCAGUUUACACAGUGAGAAACUCAAACUCUUCUGUCUGGAGGACAAACAGCCAGUGUGUUUAGUGUGCAGAGAUUUGAAACAACACGACAAUCAUAAAUUCAGACCCACCAGUGAAGUGGUUUCAUCAUAUAAGGGGGAGCUCAAUACAGCACUGAAAUCAUUAAAGACGAAACUUCAAUACAACAAAAACAUUAAAGGAGAGUUUAAGAAAACAGUUCAACACAUCAAGUCUCAAGCUGAGCACACAGAGCUCAGAUUAAACAGCAGUUUGAGAAGCUUCAUCAGUUUCUCAGAGAUGAAGAAGAAGCUACAAUCACUGCACUGAGGAAGGAAGAGGAGCAGAAGAAGCAGAUGAUGAAGGAGAAGCUGGAGGAGAUCAACAGACACAUCUCAGCUCUUUCACACACAAUCAAAGACACGGAGGAGAUGAUGAAAGCCAGUGAUGUCUGCUUUCUAAAGGAGUUUCCAGUCUCAAUGGAAAGAGUCCAGAUCUCACAGCCGGAUCCACAGACGCCUUCUGGAGCUUUGAUUCAUGUGCCACGUUACUUGGGCAACCUGCCGUUCAGAGUCUGGAAGAAGAUGCAGGACAUCGUCCAGAACACUCCUGUGAUUCUGGAUCCAAACACUGCAAAUCCACAUCUCGUCAUGUCUGAUGAUCUGACCAGUGUGAGAUUCAGAGAGAUCAAUCAACCUGUUCCUGAUAAUCCGGAGAGAUUUAACUAUUAUCGCUGUGUUUUGGGUUCAGAGGGUUUUAACUCAGGAACACACUGCUGGGAUGUGGAGGUUAAAGAGAGUUCAUGGUGGAGACUUGGAGUAACUACAGCAUCAAACCAGAGGAAGGGACGGGAUUUCUGUAAGACUGAUGUCUGGUGUGUGUGGUACGGAUGGUCUCCAGGUUCUGGUUUUGGUGUUAAACAGAAUCUUGAUCGUGUGAGAGUGAAUCUGGACUAUGACAGAGGAACGGUGUCAUUCUCUGAUCCUGUAACUAACACACAUCUACACACAUUCACAACCACCUUCACUCACACACUCACACCAUUCUUCUGGUUUUCUUCCUCUCUGAGGAUCUUAGUGAUCAAUAGUCAGUAAUCGUUACUCCUGUAGGUCUGGAUCUUCCUGCUUUCAUCUUUCAUUAUGAUUCAAUACACAGCAAGUGCCUAGCAACCACUCAAAUCACCCUAGCAACAAUCCAGAGUACUCUAGUAACUGCAUAGCAACACUCUAGCAACUACUUAGCAACCAUCAGAACACCCUAGCAACUGCAUAGCAACACCCUCACUAGAAAUCUGUGUGUUUGUGUGUCUAAGAGAAAUUAACUAUUAAUAACAAGCAUAAUAAUAAUAAUAAUAAUAAUAAUAUAGAUAAUACAGAUCUACACAGGCUUUCAGAGCUUCUUUAAAGUGAAUUACAACAGCAAUCUUCUGUGAGUCAUGUGUGCUUGAAGAUGUUUAUGAUUGACUGUGAUCCACUGGGACGUCCCUCUCUACACAUGAAGAUCAAUAAAAAUACAUUUGAAGAAAAAUAUUCUUUUAGUUAUUCUGUUUGGUUUUAUAAGUUAAUUUGUAUGAUUUGGUUAACAUGUUUAUGUAGCCUGUCAUUGAGAAGAGGGGAAGGUAAAGCAAUGAGUCAAGUAUUUUUGACAAUAAUUAUGUCCAACACAAUUCCAGUCAAAAUAUGAGAUUAUAAGAAACUAUAGUCGUGCUGUUAACUAUAACAUAUCCAACAUGUAUCCGCCUACUGACAAAAACUUGACACUGUGGAUGAGCAGAGAUGUUGGUCUCUUGAAGGACUCUUAUUCACUACACUUUCUCUAAAAUAAGCCAGCAAUUAAAA